GGGGGGGGGGGGUGAACCGGAGGUAGGACCGCUUCUCGGGAUUGCCAACGUCUAGCCUCGGAGUUGGACGCUCCAACGGACCCGCGGUGAUGGGCGUGGGACUGGCCCAAUGAGGGUGGGCGUGGGAGGGGCGGCGCGGCGCAGCAGUGCUAAAGGAGCCCGGCGGAGGCGGCGGUGGGUUUUCGUCUGAGGAGCCGGAUCUGUGGUCGCUGCUAGGUACUUGCGGUCGCCAUCAUCUCCACUUCAAGGCAUAUACCAUUGUAUUUUUCCCUUUACAAUGGCGCAGAGGAGUGGACUUGAAGAUCCGGAGAGGUAUCUCUUUGUGGAUAGGGCUGUAAUUUACAAUCCUGCCACUCAGGCUGACUGGACUGCUAAAAAGCUGGUUUGGAUUCCAUCAGAACGCCAUGGUUUUGAGGCAGCAAGUAUCAAGGAAGAGAGAGGAGAUGAAGUCAUAGUUGAAUUGGCAGAGAAUGGAAAGAAAGCAAUGGUCAAUAAAGAUGAUAUUCAAAAGAUGAACCCACCUAAAUUUUCCAAAGUGGAAGAUAUGGCAGAAUUAACAUGUUUGAAUGAAGCAUCUGUUUUACAUAACCUCAAGGAUCGUUAUUAUUCUGGACUUAUUUAUACCUACUCUGGACUAUUCUGUGUAGUCAUAAAUCCUUACAAGAAUCUUCCAAUUUACUCUGAAAAUAUUAUCGAAAUGUACAGAGGGAAGAAACGUCAUGAGAUGCCCCCACACAUUUAUGCUAUAUCUGAAUCUGCUUACAGAUGUAUGCUUCAAGAUCGUGAAGAUCAGUCGAUUCUUUGCACGGGUGAAUCUGGUGCUGGAAAAACAGAAAAUACCAAGAAAGUUAUUCAGUAUCUUGCUCAUGUUGCUUCUUCCCAUAAAGGAAGAAAGGACCAUAACAUUCCGGGAGAACUUGAAAGGCAACUUUUACAAGCAAAUCCAAUCCUUGAAUCAUUUGGAAAUGCAAAAACUGUGAAAAAUGACAACUCUUCUCGUUUUGGCAAGUUUAUACGGAUUAACUUUGAUGUGACUGGUUAUAUCGUUGGAGCCAACAUCGAGACAUAUCUUUUGGAAAAAUCUCGAGCAGUUCGUCAAGCUAAAGAUGAACGUACAUUUCACAUAUUUUACCAACUGCUAUCUGGAGCAGGAGAACAUCUAAAGUCUGACUUGCUUCUUGAAGGAUUUAAUAACUAUAGAUUUUUAUCCAAUGGCUACAUUCCUAUUCCUGGACAGCAAGACAAAGAUAACUUUCAAGAGACAAUGGAAGCGAUGCAUAUAAUGGGCUUCUCUCAUGAUGAAAUCUUGUCAAUGCUUAAAGUAGUGUCUUCAGUGCUACAGUUUGGAAACAUCUCCUUUAAAAAAGAAAGGAAUACUGAUCAAGCUUCCAUGCCAGAAAACACAGUUGCACAGAAACUCUGUCAUCUCCUGGGGAUGAAUGUAAUGGAAUUUACUCGUGCCAUCCUUACUCCUCGGAUCAAGGUUGGCAGAGAUUAUGUCCAGAAAGCCCAAACUAAGGAACAAGCUGAUUUUGCUGUAGAAGCACUGGCAAAAGCUACCUAUGAACGUCUUUUUCGCUGGCUUGUUCAUCGAAUUAAUAAAGCUCUGGAUAGAACCAAACGACAAGGAGCAUCUUUCAUUGGAAUUCUGGAUAUAGCUGGGUUUGAAAUUUUUGAGUUGAAUUCCUUCGAGCAACUCUGCAUCAACUAUACCAAUGAGAAACUGCAACAGUUGUUCAAUCAUACCAUGUUUGUCCUUGAGCAAGAAGAAUACCAGCGAGAAGGCAUUGAGUGGAAUUUCAUUGAUUUUGGACUAGAUCUGCAGCCCUGUAUUGACUUAAUAGAACGACCAGCUAAUCCACCUGGUGUUUUGGCUCUUUUGGAUGAAGAAUGCUGGUUUCCUAAAGCUACUGACAAGACCUUCGUGGAAAAACUAGUUCAAGAGCAAGGCACACAUUCCAAGUUCCAAAAACCCAGACAGCUGAAAGACAAGGCAGAUUUUUGUAUUAUUCAUUAUGCAGGAAAGGUGGAUUAUAAGGCUGAUGAGUGGCUGAUGAAGAACAUGGAUCCACUGAAUGACAAUGUAGCUACACUUUUACAUCAGUCCUCAGACAGAUUUGUUGCUGAACUUUGGAAAGAUGAGAUUCAGAAUAUUCAGAGAGCUUCUUUCUAUGACAAUAUUUCUGGUCUUCAUGAUCUACCAGUGGAUCGUAUUGUGGGUCUGGAUCAAGUCACUGGCAUGACAGAGACUGCUUUUGGUUCAGCAUAUAAAACCAAAAAGGGCAUGUUUCGUACUGUUGGGCAGUUAUACAAAGAAUCUCUCACUAAAUUGAUGGCCACCCUUCGAAAUACUAACCCUAACUUUGUUCGCUGCAUCAUUCCCAAUCAUGAGAAGAGGGCUGGAAAACUGGAUCCUCAUCUAGUUCUUGAUCAGCUCCGUUGCAAUGGUGUCUUGGAAGGGAUUAGAAUUUGUCGACAGGGAUUCCCAAACCGGAUAGUGUUCCAGGAAUUCAGACAGAGAUAUGAGAUUCUAACUCCAAAUGCUAUUCCAAAAGGCUUUAUGGAUGGUAAACAAGCUUGUGAACGAAUGAUCCGAGCCCUAGAAUUAGAUCCUAAUUUGUAUAGAAUUGGACAAAGCAAGAUAUUCUUCAGAGCUGGAGUUCUGGCCCACUUGGAGGAAGAACGAGAUUUAAAGAUUACAGACAUCAUCAUCUUUUUCCAGGCUGUUUGUAGAGGUUACUUAGCCAGAAAGGCAUUUGCAAAGAAACAGCAACAAUUGAGUGCCCUGAAAGUCUUACAGCGUAACUGUGCAGCUUAUCUAAAAUUACGUCAUUGGCAAUGGUGGCGAGUUUUUACUAAGGUAAAGCCUCUACUGCAAGUUACCCGCCAGGAGGAGGAGCUUCAGGCCAAGGAUGAAGAGCUGUUGAAAGUUAAAGAGAAGCAGACAAAGGUAGAAGAAGAGCUUGAAGAAAUGGAAAGGAAACACCAACAGCUUUUAGAGGAGAAGAACAUUCUUGCAGAGCAGUUGCAAGCAGAAACAGAGCUCUUUGCUGAAGCUGAAGAGAUGCGAGCUCGUCUAGCUGCCAAAAAACAGGAGCUAGAAGAAAUUCUUCAUGACUUGGAGUCCAGGGUUGAAGAGGAAGAAGAACGAAACCAAAUUCUCCAAAAUGAAAAGAAAAAAAUGCAAGGGCACAUUCAGGACUUAGAAGAGCAGCUUGAUGAGGAAGAAGGAGCUCGACAAAAACUGCAGUUAGAAAAAGUCACAGCAGAAGCCAAAAUCAAGAAAAUGGAAGAGGAAAUUCUACUUUUAGAGGACCAAAAUUCCAAAUUUAUCAAGGAAAAGAAACUGAUGGAAGAUCGCAUUGCUGAAUGUUCUUCUCAACUGGCUGAAGAAGAAGAGAAAUCCAAAAACUUGACCAAACUCAGGAAUAAGCAAGAGGUGAUGAUCACAGAUUUAGAAGAACGCUUAAAGAAGGAAGAGAAAACUCGUCAAGAGCUGGAAAAAGCUAAAAGAAAACUUGAUGGUGAAACUACAGAUCUUCAGGACCAAAUAGCUGAGCUGCAGGCCCAGAUUGAAGAACUAAAAAUCCAAUUGGCCAAAAAAGAGGAGGAACUACAGGGUGCUCUUGCCAGAGGCGAUGAUGAAACACUUCAUAAAAACAAUGCACUGAAAGUUGUACGAGAACUACAAGCUCAGAUUGCUGAGCUCCAGGAGGACCUAGAGUCAGAAAAGGUGUCCCGAAACAAAGCAGAGAAGCAGAAAAGAGACUUGAGUGAAGAGCUGGAAGCCCUGAAAACAGAACUUGAGGAUACUUUGGAUACUACUGCAGCUCAGCAAGAGUUAAGGACAAAACGUGAGCAGGAAGUAGCUGAACUGAAGAAAGCUAUUGAAGAAGAAACUAAGAACCAUGAAGCACAAAUCCAAGAUAUAAGGCAGAGACAUGCUAAUGCCCUAGAGGAACUCUCUGAACAACUUGAACAAGCUAAAAGGUUCAAAGUAAAUCUUGAAAAAAAUAAGCAAGGUCUAGAGACUGAUAACAAGGAGUUGGCCUGUGAAGUGAAGGUAUUACAGCAAGUCAAAGCUGAAUCUGAACACAAGAGAAAGAAACUGGAUGCUCAGGUACAAGAACUUCAUGCCAAGGUCACAGAAGGAGACAGGCUGCGGAUAGAACUUGCUGAAAAAGCAAAUAAGCUCCAAAAUGAGUUGGAUAAUGUCUCAACUCUCCUGGAAGAAGCAGAGAAAAAGGGCAUUAAGUUUGCCAAGGAUGCAGCCAGUCUUGAGUCACAGUUACAGGAUACACAGGAGUUGCUUCAGGAAGAGACGCGCCAAAAGUUAAACCUCAGCAGUCGAAUCAGGCAAUUAGAGGAGGAGAAGAACAAUCUUCAGGAGCAGCAGGAGGAAGAAGAGGAGGCCAGGAAAAGCCUGGAAAAACAAGUGUUAGGCUUGCAUUCGCAGUUGGCUGAUGCUAAGAAAAAGGUAGAAGAUGAUUUGGGAACAAUUGAAAAUUUGGAAGAGAGCAAGAAGAAAUUGCUGAAAGACAUGGAGGCUUUGAGCCAGCGCUUAGAGGAAAAGGCACUGGCUUAUGAUAAGCUUGAGAAAACUAAGACACGCUUACAGCAAGAGCUCGAUGACUUAAUGGUGGAUCUAGAUCAUCAACGCCAGAUUGUUUCCAACUUAGAGAAAAAGCAGAAGAAAUUCGAUCAACUCUUAGCAGAAGAAAAGAAUGUUUCUGCUCGAUAUGCAGAAGAGAGAGAUCGGGCUGAAGCAGAAGCAAGAGAGAAAGAGACCAAAGCCUUGUCCUUGGCCCGAGCCCUGGAAGAAGCAUUAGAAGCAAAGGAGGAAUUUGAGAGGCAGAAUAAGCAGCUGCGCACUGAUAUGGAAGACUUGAUGAGCUCAAAGGAUGAUGUGGGGAAAAAUGUCCAUGAACUUGAAAAAUCCAAAAGGACUUUGGAACAGCAAGUUGAAGAAAUGAAGACACAGUUAGAAGAGCUAGAAGAUGAACUUCAGGCUACAGAAGAUGCUAAACUUCGUCUGGAAGUCAAUAUGCAAGCCAUGAAGUCCCAGUUUGAGAGAGAUUUGCAGACUAGAGAUGAACAGAAUGAAGAGAAAAAGAGAUUACUGAUUAAACAGGUGCGUGAACUUGAGGCAGAAUUGGAGGAUGAGCGUAAACAAAGGGCUCUUGCAGUUGCUUCCAAGAAGAAAAUGGAAAUGGACCUGAAGGACCUUGAGGCACAAAUAGAGACGGCAAAUAAGGCAAGGGAUGAAGUGAUCAAACAGCUUCGAAAACUUCAGGUACAAAUGAAAGACUACCAGCGUGAAUUAGAAGAAGCUCGUGCAUCCCGGGAUGAGAUCUUUGUUCAGUCCAAGGAAAAUGAAAAAAAAUUAAAAAGUCUGGAAGCAGAAAUACUUCAACUACAAGAGGAACUUGCUUCUUCUGAAAGAGCCCGUCGACAUGCUGAACAAGAGAGAGAUGAACUUGCUGAUGAGAUAGCCAACAGUGCUUCUGGGAAAUCCUCUUUACUGGAUGAGAAACGGCGCCUGGAAGCUCGUAUUGCACAGCUGGAAGAAGAACUGGAGGAAGAACAGAGCAAUAUGGAGCUCCUCAAUGACCGGUUCCGUAAAGCCACUUUGCAGGUGGAUGCCCUCAAUUCUGAGCUGGCUGGAGAGCGUAGUGCUGCCCAAAAAAGUGAAAGUUCCCGUCAGCAGCUUGAGAGACAGAGCAAAGAGCUAAAGGCUAAAUUGCAGGAGCUGGAAGGGUCAGUAAAGUCCAAAUUCAAGGCCACCAUCUCUGCUUUGGAAGCAAAGAUUGGACAAAUGGAAGAACAGCUUGAACAAGAAGCCAAGGAACGAGCAGCAGCCAAUAAGCUUGUUCGUCGUACAGAGAAGAAACUAAAAGAGAUUUUCAUGCAGGUAGAAGAUGAACGUCGACAUGCAGAUCAAUACAAAGAGCAGAUGGAGAAAGCCAACGCCAGGAUGAAGCAGCUCAAACGCCAACUUGAAGAAGCAGAAGAGGAGGCCACCCGGGCUAACGCCUCCCGGCGCAAACUCCAGCGUGAACUGGAUGAUGCCAUAGAGGCCAAUGAAGGCUUGAGCCGGGAAGUCACUACUCUGAAAAACAGGCUGAGGAGAGGAGGUCCAAUCACCUUCUCUUCCAGUCGAUCCAGCAGGCGCCAACUACAUAUUGAGGGAGCAUCCCUUGAACUGUCAGAUGAUGACACAGAGAGCAAAACCAGUGAUGUCAACGAGAUGCCACCUGCACCAGUGGAGUAGAGAGAAAGGACCAGAAGCCAGUUAUGAUACUGUGGGGUGAACAAGGACUUCCCUGACCACCAGUCUGCCUUGUGGCCACUAAUCUGCAAAGGAAAUGGGCAAAUUAUAAGAUUAUUUACUGAAAGGUCAACUGUGUUGUCUUAAGGCUCUCUAGCCUCCCCAUAACAUACCUUGCUUCAACUAUAGGUACAAAUGUUCUUUAUAUCUAUAUAUAUCUAUAUAUAUAUAUAGAUAGAUAGAUAGAUAUAUGCAUAUAUAUACAUAUAUCUAUCUAUAUAUAUAUAUAUAGGAUUGUCUGCUCAACGCAUCUAUUUUCCAAGUAUUCUUAAAUUCAUAAAAUGCUGUCUGAAGAGAUUUUUUUUUUUAAGGAAACCUCAAACCCUUCAUUCCCAGAUACUUUCAUUGGGGCAGACCCAUGGUUGUUAUUAUGCAUGCUUUCUGUUGUACAGUUAACUUAUCUUCUCCUAUGUUUAUGUGGCCCUUGGUUUCUCAGCUAUAUCAAGUCCCUUACAACAUUGUAAAGACUCAAAUGCACCUAUAUCUUUCAUUUUACUCUCAUAUUGUGAUCAACACUAUAUCAGUGCGCAAACUAUGAAAAUGGUUUUGGAAGUACUAAAAGGACCAGAAUGGGAUGGGGAGAGUAGCCUUUACUUUGGUUAACUUGCCACAUCCCAUGAAGGAUGGCCCUGUUCUGGAUAUGAUUCUUGGAUCUAUACAUGUGGACUCUUCUUGGUCAGAUCUGGUCCUUGCAGAAGGACAAUUAAAACUUUGCGGUUGAGUAAAUUAAUUUAUUUACUACUGGGUGAGUCUCUAAAACCCUUUGUUAGUGCUUCCUACUCUUUAUGAGUAAGCAACCUCUGCACUGCAGAGCAGAGAUUUGUGAAAGACCCUGCAGCUGCUGGUGCUGACCUUGAAUUCCAGCCAUGGCUUUUGAACUAGAAAAGGGGAACAUUGGUUUUUUUAUGUCUGAGGCUUGUUCUAAGUUUGUCAGUGGUUUAGAGGCUCAUCAUUGGAUACCUGUUUUCCUAAAUGUUAAUAUGCCAGUGAAUAUGACUCCUUUCUUUUCCCUUUUAAACAGUGUUACAAUGAAUAUUUAGCAUUCUCUUUUGGUUAAUAGUUAAAUAAUCUGAUAUUACAGAAAGUGCCUUAGAUACUAUUGUACUAAGACAAUGUUAAAUAUAUUAUUUACCUAUAUAACAAUUUAAUGUAUUAAUUUUUGACUGCGCUUCAUAUCAUGUACCUCUCUAGUGAAAGUGGUAUGAUGAAUAUUCAGUGAUGAUGAAUCAGUGUUAAUUUUAAAUCUUUGAUAUUCUGCAUUGGACUUGAGAACAUGACUCAUAUUUUGGGUUUAAAGCUUUAACAUCGGUUAUGAAGGUUAUGAAGGUGGGAAUGGAAUCUCUUAUUUCAUCCCAUUCCCUUUAUGAAUCAUACUGGCUGCUGACCACCAGGCACUUGACUGCAAACAUCUUUUCUUGUAUCCCCAUAUUUCUAGACAAUGAUUUUUGUAAGACAAUAAAUUUAUUAUAGAUA